AUGUAUAAGGAUCUGAAGCUGAACUUUUGGUGGCAUGGUAUGAAAAGGGAUGUGGCUCAUAGUGUGGCUAAGUGCCUUGUAUGUCAGCAGGUGAAGGCAGAGCAUCAGCGCAUCGCAGAGAGGACUAUUCAGAUUUUGGAUGAUAUGCUUAGAGCUUGUAUGCGUGAUUUCCACAAGUCGUGGGAAGAUCACUUGUAUUUGGUGGAGUUUGCAUACAACAAUAGCUUACAGGAAAGCAUUGGGAUGACCACGUUUGCGGCAUUGUAUGGGAGGAAGUGCUGCUCUUCGUUGAGUUGGGACGAUGUUGGUGAGCGGGAGAUUUUUAAGCCAGAGUUGAUUGACAAAUCAGUUGAUGUAGUCAGGAUCAUUUGGGAGUGA